AUGAGGAGCUACAAAAUUCUCCUCCAGCUGCCACCAGUUUGCCUGGCAGUCUCUCAAUUGGCUUUCUCACCUGACAUUCAGGGUGCGCCGGUGGUCCACCUUUCACAUCUCGUCGAGGCAAGCGGCGCCGCCGCAUUCACGAGCGAAGGAGAGAACCACGAAGCACAGCACCUGUCGUCGGACCUAUUCCCGCCAUACAAGAAGCAAAAUAGACGAGGGACCUCGUUUGGAGACGCGGCAACUUCUUCAGCAUCAAACACAGCAACCGCCUCAAAGGACGCACAUUUUGUAGCAGAGGAACCCAGUGCCGACGACAGCAGUCCAGGAAGACCCACCCUGCCCAAAACUCUGGUUCUUUAUAUGAUGGAUACUCUGUGGGUGUCGCUGCCAAGAAGGGAUUUAGCUACCUCUUCGCUUACCACGUCCAAUGCGAGACCGCUGACUUCUUCUGAAGCUCGAGAGUGGGCUGAGGCAGACGAAAACAUGCGCCUCAAUUUGCUACAGAAGUGGCGUGACGUACAGAGCGAUAGCAGCAGGAGAGCCGCCUGGAUCAAGCAUAGAAGAUUCAUUCUCUCAAAGAAGCGCAAGCCAACCAAAUAUCGGCCGGAACCGGACGUCCUAGCGAUGCUGCAAAAGGAGCUUAUCUUUGGCGCAAGUCAAGAAGGUUUCUGA